AUGAAUCCUGUAUUCCCCAUUGGGCCGGCCCUGCCCGUCGGCUUUUUUGAGAACACUCAAGAAGUCUAUGCCGAGAUUGCCAGCUACCCCGUCGUCCCUCCCGAGAAGAUCAGACAGUACUGGAAUGUCUAUACGACGACGUUCCGGAGACUAGUCGAUCCAAGCGCCUUUCGUUUGGAAAACUUCUGGUGGCACGUAUGGGGCAGCGACAGGCGCAAUCUGAGCGGGCCAGCACUUGCGAGACUGUUCCGAGAGUUCUCGACAGGUCCGACUAUUGUCCCUCUCCAGCCUCCUCUUCGGCCGCGGAAACAGGCUCCAAGCCCGCAGGCUGCACCACAGGCCCCUCAGUCCCCAGUCGAAGGCCCAAGAACGGAGAUUGGCGAACCUCCCGGAGCUGAGCCGGUCACAACUGAACCUGCCGAAGCCGUUGUCUCCAAGCCCGAGCCUUCCAAAGCUGAGGAGAAGCCCACGUCACGUUCACCUACAAAGCCAACAGCACCUCCUUCGAUUUUAAAGAAGGCUAGGGCACCUUCGGCAUCAGGGAGGAAACCAUCCGCAAGGUUCGCGUCACCUCCUGUCAGUGAUGAUGGUGAACGGUCUGAGACGGAGGCUGCCAAGGCUGAGAAGGGUAAAGAUGAAAAGGCUAAAACUGAGAUGCCACCGCCUCCCCUACCUCCUAGGAAGGGAAAACAGCCUGCUCAACCCAUCCCCGAAGAGGCGCCAAAGCCAGCUCCUACCACGACUGCAGCGACAGAACUAGUCCCGCCCUUGCCCCUAGCUGCCCCUCCUAAGAAGCCACGGCCUCUAAAGGUCAAGGGUGGUCACAAGAAGAUCGUCGUUGCUACCGCGGCUUCUAAGAGAAAGCCCGUCCUUGUCCGCAGGGCCGGUUCACAGUCUUCGACUGGCUCUGACUCUGAGUCUCGAAUGCCCGUGCCUCAACCGCAGUCCCAGAACUUGAUGAAAAAGAAACAGCCCUUGACAGCCUCACAGCUGCUCGGCCAAGGAUCGGUGUCUCCAGCCAUGCAACUGACCCAACCAAAGACGCCAUUGGCGCCGCUGAAACCGUCGGGGAAGCCGCCUGUCGUGGUCCAGGGAGAGCCAUCAUUAACAGUUGAAGGCGUGCCGCUGCCGAGGACGACAGUAGCACAACCAUCAUCAUCAUCAUCAUCAUCAUCAUCAUCAUCAUCAUCACCACCACCACCACCACCUCCUCCUCCUCCUCCUCCUCCUCCUCCUCCAAAGCCAGAAACGAAGGCGACAACAAUACCAAGGAGAACUUCACAAUCAAGUGACACUUUUCCAGAUCCUUCGAAACCCCUUAGCUCCGUCGCAGGGCCUUCGAAGCCAAAGCCUCAACCUGCUCCUCAGCCCUCAAUGAGCUCAUCGGUGAAGGAUUAUGCCCUUGGCACGAAAGUCCCCCACACUAGGGAGGAGCGCGAACGGGUUCAGCAACCUAAGCCUGCUCCUCCUCCAGUUGCAGGGUUUGUGAGUGAAGCAUUCUCGAGUAGAGCCAGAGCUCCGCUUAUGUCACGAACUCUUUCUACGGAACGCCAAGCCCGUCCGAAACCAUCGGGCGGCGUGCUGGCGCUGCUCCCGGCUAGAGCUACGAGCAGUGUCUGUCUCGACCCAGCCCUGGCCAAGGCCCAGUUCGAUAUUCACCCCAUGACGGAGCCGGCUAUCCAGCAGACCAAAGACCUUCCCGAUGCCGAGAGGGAAGGAGGCAAGAAGGUGUCGCCAGUGCUGCGUGACAUGCCCUUCAAGCCUACGCCCCCUAGCACUACAGAGAACAUACCGUUUGGCCGGACCAAGAGCGAACUCACUGAUGAGGAGGAUAAACAGUUUGAGGUGUUGGAAGGAGUGCUGAAGGAUCUUGACAAGAUUCGGGAGAGCGCUCAUGCUGGCGGAAGCUCGUCACAAGCCCAUCAGCGUCCCCGUGCCCCGCCCCGGAGACCCAGCGGCAUGGAGAGCCCUGUUUUGGAUGAAAUCUUAGCCCAGAUCGAAGGCACGCCGCUGCCCGAGUCCCAGGCUUUUUUGCCCAGUUAUCUUCGUGAAGAAAAGGGUUUCAGCCCCUCUCCCACAAGCCACUACUCCGAAAGCGAGUCCCUGCUCGAACUCUUGCGUUUCGAUACCACCGAGGUCCCCAUCCGCCCCGGCAGCCGCAUCCACGGGGAACCCGAAAUCCAGCCCCGUCGCCGUGCCUCGCGCGACUCGAGUCCUAGAGGAUCCGAAAAGCGCUUCCGAGCCUGGAUUCGUUCCCAUGAAAAGGGCGAUAUGCCGCACACGGCGCUAGAAGACACCCUCGCGGACCAGGCUACUCACGCCAUAGGCUCCCAGGCCCACUUCCCCUCCACCCCGACCGGUCUGGGCACGCGCACCGACCCCUGGGCGCAGCUGCGGGCCGGAAGAAUGGCGCAUGGCGAGGUGGAAGAGUACACGCACGUUGGGACGGCGUACAUUCCGGAGGUAAUUCCCGAGGUGGGAGAGUCGGUUGAGGAGAGCGAAGGGUUUGACCCUGUGGUGUUGGAGCACAUACAGGGGCGGCUGGACCGCGAGUCAAGGUUUGGGCGGAUGUUGAGGAGACGCUGGUCGUGUCCUGGGCUGUUGGCGGGGAGGACGCAGGAACGGUUCAAGGGGAAGGGGAAGGCUGUCGAGAGUGAGGAAGAGGGGGGGAGUGGGAAGACGAGCCUGGAGGAGCUGAGUGACUAUCAAAUUGAUUUGAGUUGGCGAUCUUGUUUGGUUUCUGAUCAUUACCUAUGGCGCUACGUUACGUUUCACGGCAUAGCGAUUGGCGUUUGGCAGCAGGUUGGGCUUUCUUUUGCCUCACUCCGGCUCAUUAAGUGA